AUGGACACGGCAGUGCCGGUAAGUUCUUCUUGAAAAUACUACACUUUUACCCGGAUUUCAUUUCAAUGUCUGCUUUGUAGACACCACAAAACGUGUUUAUUGAAAUGUAUAUUUUUACUAUUUUCACCCCUUUACACGAGAUCAAUGCUUAAUACACCACAAACUUAAACCUUGUUAGGUGCCUGUAUCGAGUCAAGAUAAACUUUAACUUAACUUUAUUCAGUUCCCUUCACUUUUCUUUCGUGGAUGGAUCCGUGAAUCAAAGUGUGAUUUUUACUUCUCUUUAUUUAAGGAACCUUCUCUAUACACGGUGAAAGCCAUUGCUAUUCUUGAUAAUGAUGGGGAGAGAGUUGUAGCAAAGGUGAGCUUGCGUACAUCUUUGAAUCACAAUUUUUUUUUGUUUUGACUUUCUCUUGGUCAUAUACGUGUGUAAUUGUAAUUCUUGGGUAACGUUCCUUUCCUCAUAGUGUCAACAAUUAUUUCAGAAGAUGAGCUCUAUGCUUGUGGAAUAGUGAACGUUUAAGAUUUCCGCUCAGCCCCGACAUUUAUUAUGCAUGUAGCAAUUUCAUAUUAUUAAUUUUCACACAAACAUUUAGUAUAAAUAGAGUCGAGAAAUGUAUGCAUAGUAAAUGUAUGGGGUUGUAUGGAAACCUAACCUCCUCUUUUGUGAAAAGGAAACAAGCAUUUUGUUUUCAAAUCCCAUGUCACCUCUUAAUGUUUUGUCAAGUAUUUUACCUGGCGAAAAGAUAGAGGAUUUUCAUUUCAAGGCAGUUUUCAGUGGGAUCCUCAGUACUACAUAUGGCUGCAGUAUCAUAGUUUUUAGCCUACCAAUAUGGUUUAUGCGUUAUCAUUCAAAAAUGCUUCACCACAGGGCUGGUGAGGGUUUUGCAGGGUUGUCAAAAGUAGCCGGCUGCCAGUGAAAAUCUUUACCUACUUGGUUAGUAUUGGCCGGCUACUCUGCUUGAAAUUUCUUUACGGAUGGCGUUUUUUAAAUAAAAUAUCCCUAGACUGGCCACUUACUUUGACAACUUAGCCCUCUACUUCAAAACGUUCCAACAACCCUGGUUUUGGACCCUUUUUUUUGGGUUUUCUUCGCUUGCAACCACAUUGCAAGGUGGCAAUAUAAUUUUUCUCGAAGAAUUUUCAUGGAAAUAAGGUUUGGUCCCCAGAGGAGAGAAAUGCUUUUCCUCUUGACCACCAACACACGACCUUAACAUGGCUGCCGUGACGUCAUGUGCAAACCAGCUAUAGAGGUGGCAAUGAAGGUUCGAAUGCCCCAAUCCUAUGUUUUAAGGAUCCUGCUUAGAGAAAAAAACAAAAAGUAGAUGGUAUUUUGAUUCUCUUUUCUGACAAGAAAAUUAUGAGCAAUGUCCUGUCAAAGACUAUCAAAAUGGACUACCAAUUAAAAGCUUCUCUUAAAAGUUGACAUACACAGGAUUCCCAUAGCAAGAGAUAAGACUCCUGUCUUUCAUUUUGAGAUAUAAGAGUAGCAAAUCAUUCCCCGGAAAUAACAAGUUGAGAUUGGUCAUUUGCUUUUGAGCUGCACCGUGCCUCCAAAUUCAGGGUAUAAACUUAAUAUAUUGUAUGAACUUUUUUGAUUUUACAACAUUGAUCAUAGAUCAUGCAGUCAUUUCCUGCUUAGAAUACUGUUUAACAUUAGAAAACAUAAGUUACAUUGUUAAUCUUUGUAAUCUUGUCUCAGUAUUAUGAUGACACCUAUCCUACAACAAAGGAACAAAAAGAGUUUGAAAAGAAUCUCUUUAACAAAACACACAGAGCUAAUGGUGAGUUUUCUAUUUUCCUGUAACGUCAGUUCUUGAAUUGUCAGGCAAAUCAUUGAUGCUUUUGUCAGUUAUAUUAUGGUACUGAAUAACAAAAAUACAAGAUUUAUUAAGAUAAAUAUGAGAUUUGUUUACUUUAUUAACCCUUUAAGCCCCAAUAGUGAUCAACAUCAAAUUUCUCCUAACAAUAUCAAUACAUAAUCAAAAGAAAAGGUUGUGAGAAUUCAUGAAAUGCUCACCAUGGGGAAAAUGCUAUGAUCUUUUCAUAAAUUCUCUCGACUAAUUUGUAGGGAAAUAUAUGGAGAUCAGUCAGGAGAAUUUGUUUGUUGAUAUUGGGGGUUAAAGUGUUAAGGCUAUGUUCACUUCUGGUGCCUCAACGUACAUGGUUGUCACUAAGAUUUCAAGUUGACAGGUAUAUGGGCAGGGGAAUUGAACAGCUAGGAAGGUCUUUUGGUUCUAAUUACCUGUAGUUUCCUAUGAAGUAGCCGGGAGUCAUGCUUAUAGUCACUGGGGAAAAACUCUGGUCCUCUACCCCUUUGUGACAGUCCUUUGAGUAUAAUAAUUAUUUAGUUGAUGGGCAAGAGGGUAAUUAUAGUGAUACUGUGUUCAGACACUGGAUACUCAAUAUGUAAUGUUAAGUACUUAUUUCUUCUAAUUUAUGCCUUCAUGUGCUAUUUUGAAAAUCAAUGAGAGUGUGAAAGAGCUGGUAAGCAGAGCAGUGAAUUGUAACUUAAAUGCCCAUAUGAGUCAUCAAAAAUUUACCCUUUUACUGAUAUGAAUACUUAAGAAAAGGUGUGUUCGUGUAAGUUCCCAGCCACCUAAGUUUCAAUAUACAUGUGUGCCUACUUGUAUGUGCCCCCAGAAGUCUUCAUUUCUGACUGAUAAAAACUAGAAUCUAUAUUUUCAUUUUAACAGCGGAAAUCAUUAUGUUAGAUGGCUUGACUUGUGUUUAUAGAAGUAACGUGGAUCUCUAUUUUUAUGUGAUGGGCUCCUCCAAUGAAAAUGAGGUACAAGUAUAAAUUAUAAUUAAGCUUUUACUUUACACUCUAAGGACAAGCAGGGCUGUCAUUAGUGGCCAGUAGCUGGCCUCUUUUUUAGUGGGCUAUACCCUGCGAGCAGAGGCCCUUCCAUCUGCUCGCAGGGUAAGUGGGCUACUGCUGUAAAAUCAACCAGCUACUUUAAGUUUCUUAAUAAGUCAAACAUUACAAACUUUGGAGAAUUUGUGGGAUAAAUGACCGGUUACUUUUCCUAAGAGACCAGCUACUUGACAGCCCUGACAAGGGAAGAUCAUGUAGAUUCCUGAAGAUUUUGACUGGCGGGUUUGUGUCAUAUGUAGGUUGAAGCUCACAAAAACUGCACCUUGUUUUUGUUUGGUUGUGUUUUUACUAGGCUGAUUUACUACCUAAACAUUCUUGCUUAUAGACUAAGAUUUACUAGUUAACUUUAAAAACAUUUUUAACUUUGAAAUUUAACUGGAAUCUAUAAGAAUCUAUAAGCCAGUAACUCAAAGGAUUCAAAUUACAAAAGCAUGCCACAUUUAAAAAUGGUAGGAGGAGAAGAAGGGAGAUUAAGUGCUUUUAUUGAUUCCGACUAUUUAAAAAAAGGGGAAGGCGUUUCCUCAGAUAAUGCAGGUAAUUGCUCUAAAGCAAGAAGUGUUGCAAUCGAGUUCGUUGCUGUAAGAAGAGCAGGUUUAUCCAAGGCCACAGUUCUGGAAAGGAAAGAAGUGGUAAUAUUAAUGCAUGUAUUAUUGUUUAUAGUUGAUCCUAGGAAGCGUUUUAAAUGCUUUUUAUGAUGCUGUCAGUCUAAUGCUGAGAAAGAACGUAGAGAAGAGAGCCUUGAUGGACAGCAUGGAUGGAGUUUUGUCAAUAGUAGAUGAGAUUGUGGAUGGCGGGUAAGUUCAGCUGUAAUUUUAUUCUUGUUUACUUGCAGUGGCUGUAAAUAACUUGAUGGGUUUACCUCGGUCAAGCUCAAGUUUUCCCACUGUGGUGUAAAACUUAAUGAACUGGCAUCAGCCCUAGCUCUGUAAUCUGUAAUUUUAUGGCAAUAUUUUUCAGGGUUAUCUUGGAAGCCGAUGCUUCUACUAUCUUACAAAGAGUGGCCAUCAAGGUAAAAUUUCUUGUCUAAAACAAAUGCUGAAGUGCAAACUCCAGAUUCAGAUGCUGAAGUUUGUAGCACUAUCUUUUCAUUGUUAUUUGGCUGCAGAUGGCAAAAGUGUUGGGACCUAUUCAGUGAUAUUAAAAAAACCAGCAACUACCCCCUACACCCUCCUAAAAUGUUGAAUUUUGAGCAAAAUAGGAAGAAAUGAGUCCUUCUUUUGGGCACAACAUUGCUGGGAGGAGUGAGAAGAUGAAGGGAUGAACCCAGAGCUGAUGAAAAAAAUUGUCAUUAGGAGCCUAUGAAACAGUCAUUUGAAAAGGUUUUUUUUACAGUGUCUGGAGUUCUUUUGACCUCUAUUUUCAUCACUGGACAGCUCACCAUUUUAACUCACCUGAUAAAACAAGUUUAAUUCGUUGUUUAUGUUCCCAUAAGCACACUGAGUAGCACAAUGUCUUUAUAUGUGACCCCCCUCAGAUCAUUUUUUAAAAGGGGUGCAAGUAAAAAAAGCCCCAAUUGACUGUACAAUAUCAAAGCUAUUGGAGUCAAGCAAUUAACUGAAACAAAUAAUUAAAAUUAAGCACAAGAAGGUUGAGAAGUGUAGCCAAGAACUUUAACUUCAACUUGGAACUACGUAGAAGCAAAUCCAGGUACACCUGUAGUGUUCAGGGCGGGGCAUGCUCUCUUAUAACCUGAUUACGCGUCAAACAUUUUAUUCACUUGGCCUUUCUGUCUCCUUUAGUUUCAUAGCUGUGGUAUGUAUUUAUGACCAUAAAUCUGAUAUAUUAAAUUUUCUUUUUCAGAAUGAUGAUGUUCCACUGUCAGAGCAGACAGUCGCACAGGUAAAGAGCUAUAUCACAAUUGAAAAUUAGGAUAUCACUGUGCAAAUAAGUUGCCCCUAGUUUUUUCACUACCUGUGUGAUGAAAUCCUAAAGUGUGACUAUUCAAAUGAAAGCUAUUGAGCAGUAUUUUCCUGUGGUACUGUUUAUUAUGCUGUACAAGGUGGUUCUAACUUUUGAGUCUGUGGAUGAAAUCCUAUGAUGUGACCAUUCAAAUGAAAGGUACUGAGGAGGACUUUCCUGUGAUACUGUUUAUUAUGCUGUACAAGGUGGUUCCAAGGUUUAACCAUUCAAAUAAGCUACUGACCACUGCUUCAGAUGUUCUCUGUUAAAACAAUCUUUGAUUUUAUACAACCUUGAACCAGAAAAUAUUGGAGAAUUAAUCAUUAUUUUUUCUUUUAUUUAUUCAUUUUGUAGGUUUUACAGACAGCCAAGGACCAGCUGAAGUGGUCUCUCUUGAAAUAAUAGGAAAAUGUGUACAUGUAAAAGUAGAAAAUUA